AUGGGCAAAGCAAGGGGUGCUGUGCAGCAGAGACCUGCAGACAGAUGGCUUGGCACCACAAUGUUUCUCAAGUCUGUGUUAUCCUUUAUCCUGAUGUUUUAUGCCCUCUUCUGGGAAGCUGGCAACCUCGUUGAUCUUCCUGACAAGCGACUUGGUUUCUACAAUUUCUGCCUGUGGAAUGAGACAGCUCAAAAGCUACAGUGUCUGGCAUGCACAGAUCUGGAAGGCACUGCCAUCAACACAGAAAUAAUAAAGUUAGCUAUUUUUUGUGCAUAUUCACCUAUAGUAUUCACCCUGUUCUAUGUUAUUUUCAUCUCAUUUAAGAUGUACACCCUUGAAAGACUGCCCAGGAGUGCUGCUUGGAUCACACCGUUCUUCAGUGCCUCCCUGCUUCUUGUUGGUCUUCUCUUGUUUUUGUCCCAAGUCUGGGAUUGGAUUUGUAUCUCUGACCUUAGUUAUGCCUUUCUAGCACUGGUUUUCUCUCUGAUCCUUAUGCUUCUGCAGGCUCUCACUGCCUUUAUGUGCUGCAGGUUGGACACACACAAGAACUGA